ACCACUCGAUAUUUGUAUUGUACGUCAGUGAAUACAGUCAAUCAGACCACUCGAUAUUUGUAUUGUACGUCAGUGAAUACAGUCAAUCAGACCACUCGAUACUUGUAUUGUACGUCAGUGAAUUCAGUCAAUCAGACCACUCGAUAUUUGUAUUGUACGUCAGUGAAUACAGCCAAUUAG